UCGGCCACAUACGAAAACAAAUCUGACCAAUCAGGUGAGGGACAUUGGAACAAGGCAUGCAGCAUAAGUAGCGUGGGUACUGCUGCUCUUUACCAUAGGCUUCGCUGCAGAACUUUGAGGUGUUAACCCAUAGAGUAUCAAGACAGCCAUCAUGCCAAAGGACAAGAACAAGCCUAAGGGAAAGAUGUCGGCGUACGCCUGCUUCGUGCAGGAGUGCCGCCGCGAGCACGAGAAGAAGUACCCCAACAAGCAGGUUGUCUUCACGGAGUUUUCCCAGAAGUGCGCUUCGAGAUGGAAGACCAUGAAUGAUGAUGAGAAGAAGCGCUUCCAGGAUCUUGCCGAAGAAGACAAGAGGCGGUACGAAGCUGACAUGGCCAAGUACGUCCCACCCAAGGGUGCCGAGGGCGGCCGCAGGAAGAGGAAGAAGAAGGACCCCAACGCACCCAAGAGGGCCAUGUCUGCCUUCUUCAUGUACUGUGCCGAUGCUCGCCCCAAGGUCCGCGCAGCACAUCCGGACUUCCAGGUCGGGGAGAUCGCAAAGAUUCUUGGGAAGCAGUGGAAGGCAAUCUCCGAGGCCGAGAAAGCCAAGUAUGAAAAGAAGGCCCAAACUGAAAAGGCUCGCUACCAGAAGGUGUGUACAAUUCUUACAUGUAACUGUCAAGAAGACAGACUUACUUGUUACACUAUGUAGGGACAAGAACAGAUAC